UUUAAAUCAUAUUAUUUUAAAGGAUGAAGGCAUUAAUCCUUGUUGGAGGAUUUGGAACACGUUUGAGGCCUCUUACUCUAACAUUGCCUAAACCGUUAAUUGAGUUUGGAAAUCGACCUAUGAUUCUCCAUCAAAUUGAGGCGCUUGUAUCAUCAGGAGUUACGGACAUUGUUUUAGCAGUGAAUUAUUGUUCGGAUAUUAUGGUUUCUACUCUGAAACAGUAUGAACAACAAUAUCAUAUUAAGAUUGUGUUUUCUGUUGAGAAUGAGCCGUUGGGUACAGCUGGUCCAUUAGCAUUAGCACGAGAUAUUCUUGAGAAAGAUCACUCUCCUUUCUUCGUACUUAAUUCUGAUGUUAUUUGCGAAUUUGCUUUUUCGGAUUUUCUGCAUUUUCACAAACAACAUGGGGCAGAAGGGACAAUUAUUGUUACAAAAGUUGAAGAGCCCUCUAAAUAUGGAGUUAUUGUAAUGAAACCAGCUAGUUCAGAGAUUGAACGCUUUGUUGAGAAACCAGCAGAGUUUGUUAGUAAUAAAAUUAAUGCGGGAAUUUAUGUUUUUAAUCCCUCCGUUUUAAAACGUAUUCCAUUACGUCCAACAAGUAUUGAAAAAGAGAUUUUUCCGGCUAUGGCAAAUGAAGGACAAUUGCAUAGUUAUGAUUUGGAGGGAUAUUGGAUGGAUAUUGGCCAACCAAAAGAUUAUUUGACAGGUACCUGUCUCUAUUUAUCUUCUUUAGCAAAAAAUAAACCUUCUUAUCUCGAUCAUACGAGUAGCUAUAUCUAUAGAGGAAAUGUUAUUAUACAUCCAUCAGCAAAAAUAGGCAUAAAUUGUCGUAUUGGGCCCAAUGUUGUGAUAGGACCUGAUUGUACUGUUGGUGAUGGAGUUCGUCUUCAACGAUGUGUUAUUUUCCAAGGUUCAAGAAUACAAAACUAUGCAUGGAUCGAAUGCAGUAUUAUCGGUUGGAAUUCAACUGUUGGAAAGUGGGCACGAUUAGAAAAUGUUACUGUACUUGGAGAGGACGUGACAAUUAAAGAUGAAAUUUAUGUUAAUGGCGGCUCCAUUUUGCCACAUAAAUGCAUUGAUCAAAAUAUUGAAGUACCUUCCAUUAUUAUGUAG